CCUGUCCCGCCUACCCGAAAGAAAUGCAGGGAGGGAGCAGUCAGUCUCUUUCUGCUUGCGGAGGUGUGGGAGAAGCUGCACGGAGGGAGCCCCGAGAUCCAGGCUGUGAAAUGGCAUCGGAGUGACAUUCUAGGUCCUUCCCCCUUUCUCUAGAGGGGAAACAGCCACUAUGUGGCCAGCUCAGGGUCUGGUGACCUUUGAGGAAGUGGCCUUGCAUUUCCCAGAGGAUGAAUGGGCCCUGUUGGAUCCAGGCCAGAGAGCCCUUUACAUGGAGGUCAUGGCGGACGUUCAUGAGAUGAUAACCUCCCUGGGAGGUGUCCGGGGUAUCAUGGCUGAGGGGGAAACCUCAGAAAUGUCACCAGAAAGACCUGAAGAGCAGAAGAAGGAACAAGAAGUGGGGAGUCAAGAUGGAGCAGAGAGGGAAGAGGAGAGCAAAAUGCAGAAGCCGGGAGAUGAAUCCAGAACUUCUCAGGGUGGUGAAUAUAAAAUUCAACAGGAAACUCAUUGCUCAAAGGAAAUGAGAAUGCCUCCUGAGUGCAGUAAAAUCUUAAGCUGCCAACAAGUCCUCAAACAGCGAGGGCAUAUGACGGAGAAGGCAUACAAUUUUUUGGAAUGUGGGAACGGAUUCUUUGAUAAAUCGAGCCUUGCUAGACACCAGACAGUUCACGCUAGAGAGAAACUGAAUUCAUCCUUAAGCUGUGGGGAAAGUAUCAGUAUUAGUCAGAGUGGAAGGCUCAGUUCCCUUCAAAAACAGCAUAUAGGAAAAAACACAUAUAAAUUCACUGAAGGUGGCAACAGCUGUUCUGAUCAGUCAGUGAUUGUUAGGCAUGAGACGAUAUACACUGCAGAGAAGUUGUAUGAAUGCUUGGAGUGUGGUGAAAACUUCAGGCAGGAUUAUCAACUGGCUAGACAUCAGAGAAGUCAUACAGGGGGAAAAGCAUAUAUAUGGCCUGACUGUGGGAAAUGUUUCACCCAAAGAUAUAAUCUGACAAGACAUCAGAAGAGUCACACAGGCAAGAAGCCAUAUACGCACUGUGACCGUGGGGAACAUCUCGGCAAUAGCUCAAAUCUUACUGGACCUGAAAGUGUGUACACAGCAGACAAACCAUAUAAAUUGUGGGAGUGUGGAAAUACCUUCCAGAUGACCACAAAUGUCAAUUCACAUCAAAGAACUCAAAGAGAGGAGAAAAAGUAUGAAUGCUUGGAGUGUGGAAAGAGCUUCAGUUGGAGUGGCAAUGUUACCAGACAUCAAAGAAUUCAUACAGGGGACAAACCUUAUAAAUGCUUGGAGUGUGGAAAGAGCUUCAGUCAGAGCAGCAACCUUACUGUGCAUCAAAGAACCCAUUCAGGGGACAAACCUUAUAAAUGCUUGGAGUGUGGAAAGAGCUUCACUCAGAGUGCUACCUUUAGUAUACAUGAAAGAACUCACACAGGGGACAAACCUUAUAAAUGCUUGGAGUGUGGAAAGAGCUUCAAUUGCAGUAGCUCCCUUACUAUGCAUCAAAGAACUCAUACAGGGGACAAACCUUAUAAAUGCUACGAGUGUGGAAAGAGCUUCAGUCAGAGUAGCGACGUUACCAGACAUCAAAGAAUCCAUACAGGGGACAAACCUUAUAAAUGUUUGGAUUGUGGGAAGAGCUUCAGUCACAGUAGCAUCCUUACUGUGCAUCAAAGAACUCAUACAGGGGACAAACCUUAUAAAUGUUUGGAGUGUGGGAAGAGCUUCAGUCGGAGUGGCAUCCUUACUAUACAUCAAAGAACUCAUACAGGGGACAAACCUUAUAAAUGUUUAGAGUGUGGGAAGAGCUUCAGUCACAGUAGCAUCCUUACUGUGCAUCAAAGAACUCAUACAGGGGACAAACCUUAUAAAUGUUUGGAGUGUGGGAAGAGCUUCAGUCGGAGUGGCAUCCUUACUAUACAUCAAAGAACUCAUACAGGUGACAAACCUUAUAAAUGCUUGGAGUGUGGAAAGAGCUUCAGUCAGAGUGGCAAGCUUACUGUUCAUCAAAGAACCCAUUCAGGAGACAAACCUUAUAAAUGCUUGGAGUGUGGAAAGGACUUCAGUAACAGUAGUGCCUUUACAAAGCACCGAAGAACCCAUUCAGGGGAGAAACAUAAAUGUUUCGAGUGUGGAAAAAGCUUUAGUCAAGUUGGCAGCCUUACUGUUCAUCAAAGAAUUCAUACAGGGGACAAACCUUAUAAAUGUUUGGAGUGUGGGAAGAGCUUCAGUCGGAGUGGCAACGUUACCAGACAUCAAAGAAUUCAUACAGGGGACAAACCUUAUAAAUGCUUGGAGUGUGGAAAGAGCUUCAAUUGCAGUAGCUCCCUUACUAUGCAUCAAAGAACUCAUACAGGGGACAAACCUUAUAAAUGCUACGAGUGUGGAAAGAGCUUCAAUUACAGUAGCUCCCUUACUAUGCAUCAAAGAAUCCAUACAGGGGACAAACCUUAUAAAUGCUACGAGUGUGGAAAGAGCUUCAGUCACAGUAGCUCCCUUACUGUGCAUCAAAGAAUUCAUGCAGGGGACAAACCUUAUAAAUGUUUGGAGUGUGGGAAGAGCUUCAGUCGGAGUGACACCCUUACUGAGCAUCAAAGAACUCAUACAGGGGAGAAACCUUAUAAAUGCUUGGAGUGUGGAAAGAGCUUCAGUCAGAGUGGCAAGCUUACUAUGCAUCAAAGAACCCAUUCAGGAGACAAACCUUAUACAUACUUGGAGUGUGGAAAAGACUUCAGUAACAGUAGCGCCUUUACAAUGCACCAAAAAACCCAUUCAGGGGAGAAACAUAAAUGUUUUGAGUGUGGAAAAAGGUUUAGUCAAGUUGGCAGCCUUACUGUUCAUCAAAGAAUUCAUGCAGGGGACAAACCUUAUAAAUGUUUGGAGCGUGGAAAGAGCCAGGCGGAGUAGCAUCCUUACUGUGCAUCAAAGAACUCCUACAGGGCACAAAACCUUAUUCAUAUUUGGAGUGUGGAAAUCGUCAGAAUGGUAAUCAUCAGGCACAUCAAACCAUCCACACGGGGAAAGCCAUACACAUUCCUUUAAUGUGGAAUCAUAGAAUAGUAGAGUUUGAAAGGGCCUUUAAGGCCAUCAAGUCCAACCCCCUGCUCAAUGCAGGAAUCCAUAUCAAAGCAUUCCCAGCAGAUGGCUGUCCAGCUUCCUCUUGAAUGCCUCCAGUGUCGGAGAGCCCACUACCUCUCUAGGGAAUUGGUUCCAUUGUCGUAUGGCUCUAACAGUUAGGAAGUUUUUCCUGAUGCCCAGUCAAAAUCUGGCUUCCUGCAACUUGAGCCCAUUAUUCCGUGUCCUGCACUCUGGGACGAUCGAGAAGACAUCCCAGCCCUACUCUGUGUGACAACCUUUCAUGUACUUGAAGAGUUUCUAGUCCUCUGAUCAUCCAUACUGCUCUCCUCUGAGCCAGUUAUCUGCAUCCUUCUUGAAGUGCAGAGACCAGAACUGGACGCAGUAUUCACGAUGAAGCCUAACCAGUGCUGAAUAGAGGGGAACUAAUACUUCACGCGAUUUGGAAACUAUACUUCUGUUAAUGCAGCCUAAUAAAGCAUUUGCCUUUUUUGCAGCCACAUCACACUAUUGGCUCAUAUUCAGCUUGUGAUUAACGACAAUUCCAAGAUCCUUCUCACAUGUCGUAUUGCUGAGCCAAGUAUCCCCCAUCUUAUAACUUAGGUUUCUUUUUCCUAAGUGUAGAACUUUUCUUUUAUCCCUCUUGAAUUUUAUUCUGUUGUUUUCAGCCCAAUGCUCCAGCUUAUCAAGGUCCCUUUGAAUUUUGUUUCUGUCUUCCCUGGUAUUAGGUAUGCCCCCCAAUUUUGUAUUAUCUGCAAAUUUGAUAAGCAUGCUGUGUACCUCAUCCAAGUCGUUAAUAAAAAUGUUAAAGACCACUGGGCCCAGGACCGAGCCCCGUGGUACCCCACUCGUUACUUCCGCCCAGUUUGAGAAGGAACCAUUGAUAAGCACUCUUUGAGUACGAUUCUGGAGCCAACUGCAGAUCCAUCUGAUAGUUGUUCCAUCUAGCCCACAUUUAGCUAGCUUGCUAAUCAGAAUACCAUGGGGCACUUUGUCAAAAGCAUUGCUGAAGUCGAGAUAUAUUAUGUCCACAGUAUUCCCACAGUCUACAAGGGAGGUUAAUUGACCAAAAAACGAAAUAAGAUUAGUUUGACAGGAUUUGUUCUUCAUAAAUCCAUGUUGGGUCCUUGUAAUCACUGCAUCGCUUUCAAGGUGCUUACAGAUUGACUGCUUUAUCAUCUGCUCCAGAAUUUUUCCAGGCAUUGAUGUUAGGCUGACUGGUCUGUAGUUCCCCGAUUCCUCCUUCUUGCCCUUUUUGAAGAUAGGGACAACAUUAGCUCUCCUCCAGUCAUCCGGCACUUCACCGGUCCUCUAUGAUUUCUCAAAGAUAAUAGACAGAGGUUCUGAGAGUUCCAAUCCUGACCUUUCUACUUCAUGUUUCCCGGGAGGGUCAUAGGCCCUUCUUUGGGAGAAGACUGAGCCAAAGUAGGAAUUGAGCACUUCUGCCUUUUCUUUGUCAUCUGUUAUCAUUUUGCCAUCCUCAUUUAGUAGCAGUGCCACGAUUUCUUUUCUUUAUCUUUUACUAUGGACAUACCUGAAGAAAGCUUUUUUGUUGCUUUUAGCAUCCCUCGCUAGCCUCAGCUCAUUCUCAGCUUUAGCCUUCCUGACGCCAUCUCUGCAAUUCCGUUGUACCUGCCUGUACUCUUCCUUUGUGGCCUGGCCUUCUUUCCACUUCCUGUAUGUGCCCUUUUUUGUUUUCAGGUCAGCUCUAAGCUUUUUGUGAAGCCACACUGGCUUCUUCUGCUGUUUCCCCCCUUUUUUCCUUGUUGGAAUUGCUUGCCAUUGUGCUUUUAGAAUUUCCUUUUUUAGAAACAAAAGAAGAAGAGUAGAAAAAGAGGAAGGCCGAACAAGAUGGAUUGAUUCCAUAAAGGAAGCCACUGACCUGAACUUACAAGACCUGAACAGAUGCUCUUGGGGUAGCUGAUUCAUAGGGUCGCCAUAAGUUGUAAUCGAGAGAAUUGGCAAGGAUAAAUUAAAGUAGAAUGUGACAUCGUUUGAAGCUAGAGGGGGGAGCUGAGGAGAUUUUUAUAUAUAUAUACAUAUAGGAGAAUAUAUUUUCCUAGAAAAGUAUAGGGUCUUAAUAAAACAGAGAAGUAGCAGGCCAGCUAAGUAAUCUUCAGCCUUGUUCCGAACUGGUGUGCAUGGUAACCAUGGUAACUAGCUCAAGGAAAAGAUAAGAAGGAAGAGGACUGGAACAGAACAUUCCCUUUUCAAGGGCUUGAUAAGAAUUAAGGCUGUAAUAGAGAACUGCGCUGUUGUGAAAGUUGCUGUGAAUGUUUUAAUGCUUAGCUAAUGCUUGGUUGGAGACUCGUGAUUCGUUAAUGCUAAUUUCUUUGUCCUGAAAUGUAUAAAACUCCAGGCAUGCAGCACCAUGUUGCAGAGGUUCACCAACAUCAUGGGAGUCUGACCGUGCUUGCGUUUCCUUUUAAUAAAGGCCUAGUUUUUGC